AGGAAUGUUGUAAAAAGCUAUUUUUCAUCGCACUUCUAAGUUGUGUAUUUACACCUAUAACAAUUAACUUGAAAUGCUCUUUACUCCUUGCGCCACUGCUGUUGAUCGGGACGCCUGCGCUCGACUAUGGGGGCUGCGGUGAACGGUGCUCCGAUCGAUUGCCAGCGUCUAGUGAUUUUCCCGGCGUGCCGUGCAUUGCGGCGCGGCCUCUCCCCGGUUUGUGCUCAGUCAUUGUACAGCCGUGUGUGCUUGGUGCAGACUCCACCGACCCUCCCUCCCUCCUCACAGUAUGAAGGACACCACGGGAAAGCACAGAUCCAAGGAGCCCACCUCCGAGAAGGUGAAGGCCGCUGGCGGCCCCCCGGCCCCCGAUGUGGAGAUGAAGGAUGUGUCCGCCGAGCCUGAUGGCGAGCUGGCCGACAGCGGCGAGAGAAGCCAGAAGGAGCUGGACCUACUCACCUUGGAGGAUAUCAGAGAACAUGUCAAGCAGAUUGAGAAAGCUGUGUCAAGUAAAGAGCCACGGUUUGUGCUAAGGGCUUUGCGUGCACUUCCUUCAACCUGCCGCAGGUUGAACCCCACCGUCCUUUACAAGGCCAUCAAUGGCUUCUUUGUGUCCAACACUUCGACGCGUGAUCUCCUGCUGGCCUUUCUCGAGGAGCCGAUGGAUACAGAAGGGGAUGUGCAAUUCCGUCCUCGAACAGGAAAGGCAGCUUCAGUUCCUCUUCUGCCUGAGGCAGAGGCUUACCUGCAGCUUUUACUAGUCAUUUACUUGACAAACAACAAACGAUACACUGAGGCACAGAAAUCCUCUGAUGACCUGAUGCAAAAGAUUGCUGCUCAGAAUCGCCGGGCUCUAGACUUGGUUGCAGCUAAAUGUUACUAUUACCAUGCUCGCGUCUAUGAGUUUCUAAACAAACUUGAUGCAGUUAGAAGCUUCUUGCAUGCACGUUUAAGGACGGCCACCCUGCGCCACGAUCAUGAUGGACAGGCUACUUUGCUGAACCUGUUACUGAGAAAUUACCUGGUGUAUAAUUUGUAUGAUCAGGCUGAGAAACUCGUCUCUAAAUCCAUUUUCCCCGAACAAGCUAACAACAAUGAGUGGGCACGAUACCUUUAUUACACAGGUCGUAUUAAAGCAAUUCAGUUGGAAUAUUCAGAGGCACGAAGAACAUUGACCAAUGCUCUACGAAAAGCUCCACAGCAUACUGCAGUUGGCUUCAAGCAAACAGUUCAUAAGUUGCUGAUUGUUGUGGAGUUACUAUUGGGUGAGAUCCCGGACAGGCUACAGUUCCGACAACCAUCACUCAAGAGGUCCCUGAUGCCAUACUUCCUGCUCACUCAGGCUGUUCGCACUGGGAACUUGGCAAAGUUUAACCAGGUGUUAGAGCAGUUUGGAGAAAAGUUUCAGACUGAUGGCACCUACACACUGAUCAUCCGCCUGCGACACAACGUCAUCAAAACAGGUGUAAGGAUGAUUAGCUUAUCUUACUCCCGCAUCUCUCUCUCUGACAUUGCACAGAAGCUCCAGCUGGACAGCCCUGAGGAUGCAGAGUUUAUAGUUGCCAAGGCUAUUCGUGAUGGAGUGAUUGAGGCCAGUAUUAACCAUGAGAGAGGAUACGUACAGUCUAAAGAGACGAUCGAUAUUUAUGGUACAAGGGAACCGCAACUGGCCUUCCACCAGAGAAUCUCCUUCUGUCUGGAUAUCCACAACAUGUCUGUCAAAGCAAUGCGAUUUCCACCCAAGUCAUACAACAAAGACCUGGAGUCAGCAGAGGAGAGGCGAGAACGAGAGCAACAAGAUCUGGAAUUUGCUAAAGAAAUGGCAGAGGAUGAUGAUGAUGGAUUCCCAUAAGGCUGUGCGGGAUAUUAGUUCUGAAAACAUUUCAAAAUUAUGUAAUUACCAAUAGUAACGAUAAAUAAAGGAAGAAACAUGGAAUCUUUUUAAAAGAUUCAAGUCUUUUAGCAUGUUUGAGAAUGGGAUUAUUGUACUCUGCCCUGUCCAGAUUUGAUAAUGUUUACCUGCUUUUAUUUUGCUAUUUUCAUGGUUGUUUUCCUAGGAAUGGCUACCUUUUGUCCCUUUAUACCAUGUAAACAAUUAUGAUAAACAUACGGUCAAUAAAACUAAUGUCACAAACUUA